ACAGACUUUGGUUCUUCUCUUGUUUGGGUCCUAGAGACGCACCAGGUCGGCUCCACAGCAGGCCAGGCUCCGCUCCGGAUUCGCGUGACGCUCCCCGAGGCCUCCAGCUCCCCAUGGCGGCGACACUGAGCCUGGAGCCCGCGGGCCGCAGCUGCUGGGACGAGCCGCUGAGCAUCGCCGUGCGCGGCCUGGCCCCCGAGCAGCCCGUCACGCUGCGCGCCGCCCUGCGCGACGAGAAGGGCGCGCGCUUCCGAGCCCACGCGCGCUACCGCGCCGACGCCGCGGGAGAGCUGGACCUGGCGCGCGCGCCCGCGCUGGGCGGCAGCUUCGCGGGGCUCGAGCCCAUGGGGCUGCUCUGGGCCAUGGAGCCCGACCGGCCUCACUGGCGCCUGGUCAAGCGCGACGUGCAGACGCCCUUCGUGGUGGAGCUGGAGGUGCUGGACGGACAGGAGCCCGACGGCGGGCGGCUGCUGGCGCGGGCGGUGCACGAGCGUCACUUCAUGGCUCCCGGGGUGCGGCGCGUGCCCGUGCGCGAGGGCCGGGUGCGCGCCACCCUUUUCCUGCCAGCAGGACAAGGACCCUUUCCAGGGAUCAUCGAUGUCUAUGGUGUUGGAGGGGGCCUGUUGGAAUACCGAGCCAGCCUUUUGGCUGGCCAUGGCUUUGCCACAUUGGCUCUGGCUUUUUAUGGCUUUGAAGAUCUCCCUAAAGAGUUCAACAUCAUAGAAGUGGACUACUUUGAAGAAGCAGUGUGCUACAUGCUUCAACACCCGAAGGUAAAAGGCCCAGACAUCGGGCUUCUGGGUCUUUCUCUAGGAGCUGAUAUCUGUCUGAUCAUGGCUUCCUUCUUGAAGAAUGUGUCAGCCACGGUUUCCAUCAAUGGCUCUGCAUUCAGCGGAAACAGACACAUACACUACAAGGAGACCGUGAUUCCACCAUUGGGCCACGACCUGAGGAGAGUGAAGGUGGCUUUCUCCGGCAUUCUGGACAUUGUGGAUAUACGGAACGAUACUGUAGGAGACUGUAAGAACCCCAGCAUGAUACCAAUAGAGAAGGCCAAGGGGCCCAUCCUCUUUGUUGCUGGUCAGGAUGAUCACUGCUGGAGGAGUGAGUUAUAUACUCAGACAGCCUCGGCACGGUUACAGGCUCAUGGAAAGGAAAGGCCCCAGAUAAUCUCUUACCCUGGGACUGGGCAUUACAUCGAGCCGCCUUACUUCCCCAUGUGCCCAGCUUCCCUGCACAAAAUAGUGGACAAAGCUGUGAUUUGGGGAGGGGAGGUCAGGGCUCACUCAAAAGCCCAGAUCGAUGCGUGGAAGCAAAUUCUGUCCUUCUUUGGCAAACACCUGGACAGUACGUACCACAGAGCCUCCUGUAGAUUGUAGCGCACUUGCCUGUAACAGACAUGGUGUAGAUCCAAGGUCUAAUGUUCAGUAACUAUGUGAAUCAGAUUUCUGCUGGAUGACAUGAAAUUCAUGUUUGGGGCAUUAAUGGCUUAUAUAGGUCACUGUACUGAAUAAGUUAUUAAUCAAUAUGGUUAUUUUAUGAACAACAUGUGCUUGUUACAGGUUCAGCUAUAUGUGAUAUGAUCAGUAAAGUUUAAAAAUGACCCCUUAUUAAAAUGUAUGAU